AUGUCUCGAGUGACCGGGCGCCGAACGGCGGUGUACGCGACGUCGACGACGGAGUGGGUGAGAUUAUAUUAUUGUAACACGAGUGGAGCAUAUAUAAUAAUAAAUAUGAAAACCGUGUCGCCGACAUGUUAUAGUAUUGUAAUACGCGUACGAAAUCGUUCGCGUUCGACAGCCGUAGCGUAAUGACGAGUUUAUCUUAUCGACAGCUGGCUGUUUGCCGGGUGCUCGUGACGGGUUAGCUAUAGGUUAGUGCUGCCGGAUAAUAUACGACGGCGUCGUCAGAUAAACAGAUACACACGCGCGGUUUCGAGUGUUCAAACAAUAAAUAAUAAUAAUAAUAAUAAUAAUAAUAAUAAUGAUGAUAGAUACUGACAACAAUAAUAAUAAUAAUAAAAAUAACAGUAAUAAUCUAUACGCGACCGUCACCGCGCGUUGUUGGCGCCGCCGUAUUUGCUUGCAGUAUACGCGAAUACGCGACGACGAACGUUCGCCGCCGCCGCCGCCCCCCGCCGUCGCCGUUAUGACCCGCGGGCCAAUCAUCGCCACCGAUGGCCUGCUCCUUAAAUCACUGUUGUUCGCCUGUUGCUCGCUCCUGCAGCUGCAAGCCACUGCGCCACCGCUGCCGGCGGCGUUCGUCUCGUCCGCCACCAACGUCACUGACACCGUACCCGUCCGCCGCUGGCCUCUGGAGAUCCUCACGGCCGUCAUAAUGCCCGCCGACCCCGAAUACCCUACGAGCCUGUCAAAGGUCAUGCCCGUGCUGGAAAUCGCCGUUCGCGAUCUGUACACCAAGGGCGUGCUCCGCGAGACGGACGUCACGUUCAAGUUCGUUCAAAGGGACGAUAAGUGCGAAGACAUCGAGGCCUUGAGGUCCAGUUUCGAACUGAACGUCAACGGGCACGUCGACUUGUUCCUGGGACCCACUUGCGAUUAUGGCGUCGGUGAGUAAUUUUUUUUUUUUUUAACCUGUAGGAUGGUUUAAAACUUCUUUUUUUCAUUCAUCAUCACGGUCACUCGCCAUUUCUUUUAGUGCUCUACAGCCUUCAACUCCUGCAUAUUUCUCGAUUUUUGUCCGAUAAAUGUAUUGCGGGUCGUCCGGGUGAUCUUUUCCUUUCGACCAUGUUCUCUAGUACUGUGCUGUAGCACAGCUCUUUAAUGAAUGUCCAUUUCGUAUUCAUUUUCUAUCUUCUCUUUCUAAUCGAGUCUUUGAUAUACGUGUCUCACCGACUAUUUCCAGAACAUCUUGUUCAUUUAUCCGUUCCAUUCGGCUUAUUCUUUGCAUGCGUUUCCAGUACCACAUUUCAAAUGCUUCUAUUGUUUUUCAUUCGGUUUAAUUUAUAACCCACGUUUCACAGUCGUGCAGGGUUAUACUCUAAACAUAUGUUUUAAUAGGUCAUUUUAAUGUUAAGGUUCAAUUUCUUAGACGUAAAUAGUUUAGAUUUUUUACUAAACGUUGGUUUUAUCAUUCCUAUGCGUUUUUUGAUUUUUAUUGUGUCCUUAAGUGAGUGAUAAAUAGUAAUAAUAAUAAAAAUUUAUACAGGGUGUUUUUGAAAUGUUUGCUACCACAAACAUCACUUUAAUAUCUGUUUGCACAUUUUCGCACGAUUUUAACGCUAAAUUGUUUAAUAAUAUCGAUUGGUAUGAGACCUAUUAAUGAAUAUUUCAUUGGAGGUGUAUACUUUUAAACUCAGGUUAAUAUUUUAAUAAACUAAUUAGAAAACAAAUUUCAGAAUUUGUUUUACUGGGCCGAGUUCAUUUAAAAAGCAUAGGUACUUAUUUAUUCAUACAUAUCGACGACCGGCUUAUCGAUACCGAGUUUUAAGAUUUUCACACGAGAAAAAAUGUGAACCACUCUUUUUAUAGAAGUGAUUAAAAUAUAUUAAUUUUUCUCUGUGAAAUUCUAUAUAAUAUAAUAUAGAGUAUAGUGUUUCUGCAUCAGUUGUUAUUUUUAAUAGGAGUGAAUUGGGAGUAAAUUGAACAUACCAUAUUCAAAUAAUUUAUGGAAAAUCGACGGACACCACAUUCCUUGUUCAUUCUUCCUUUCCUCGGUGUUUGGUGGAAAGCGUUGGCGAGCGAACUGUUUUAGGUCUUAUUCGCAAUUCACUGUCAUAUGCUAGGAUAUAUUACUAUGUGUUUUUUUUGAAAAUUGAAAAUAGUAUUUAAAAUUAAUUCUAUAAACCUGUAUAUAAGCAAAAAAUUUGAAAAAAAAAAAAAUUCGUAUACUUGAUAUAUCAGGCAGUAUUAAUCAAAUUUACUUCUUAUUUGGGUUGUUUUUUAGGGUAAACAACUUCCACGAGCCUUGUUGAUUAAAUUAGCUAUAAAACAUUAAUAUGGCGUAUACAUUUCUGUCAGUAAUUUUAUUUAAACAGAAUUUUUUUCAGUCGAAUGCCAACAAUAACUAUACAAAGUAAUCCUAUUAUAGCUAGGUAAUAAAUAAAAACAGCAAUAAAAAAACUAUCAAAUAUAGUGAGUUAUUUUGGUCUUUAUUGAAUAUAUUAUGUUGUUUGCAUUACACUCCUUAAUUUUUUAUGUUUAUUUUUUUGUUUUGUUAUUUCAAAACGCAUGUUCACACCUAAUAGUCAGAUAAUUAUAGUAUUAAUAUAUUACAGAGACAAUCAAAAAACGACUUUCUUAUUUGUCAACUAAUCCAAUAUCCAACAAAAAAAACUCUCUCGACGGUUUUUUACUGGAACAAUAUUUCUGGUAAAAUAGAUCAUGCGUAAAAAUUUUCAAUAAUAAAAUCGAACGUCAUAAAUCGUUCGUCAUUUUUUGUAUUUUUCAGGUUUUCCAAACUAUUAUUGCAAAUGACUUUGAAAAUCAAAAAACGAUUUACUUCGUGAGCAACUAAAUACAAAAUUCAAUAAAAAGAAGGUAUCUAGGUAUUUUUUGUUUAAAGCAAUAUUUAUCUACUUAAUAGAAAAUAUAGUUCACAAAAAUUAAAAACUAUGAAAUCAUAACGCCUAAGCAUGUCUAAAUAUUUGCCUUUUUUACCUAUUGUUUCUGGUUUUCAUCAAUUAUUUUGAAAACCAAUGGGUUGGAAAAACCAUUGGAAAGAAAAAAUAAUAUUUUUAAUGCACUAAAUCGAUCAAAUUUCGUACCAAAAAAGUUGCUUCACUUGAUACACCGGAACAAGUUUUCUUUUCGAAAAGUUGUUUAGAAAGAAAAAAAACACACACAUAUUGUAGUCGAACCAAAACUCUUCGCUCUGUUUCGAAUCUAAAAAAAAAGAAAACACCUAUCAUAGCAUAAAAAAUAGAUCUCUCGCAAAUUACUUUAGUUAUUGAUAUAAGUUUGAACUAAAUGUUUAUUAUGUAUAUUUAUUUUUUUUUUUCUGGUGGUUCUGUUAGAUUAAAUCACUACCUGAGUGGAUGAGUCGAAUAUGAUUUAAAAAAAAUCUGAGUAAAUUUAAAUUAUACAUAAUUAUAAGUGAUGGCGAGGUACCUAAUUUAUAUUAAAUUAAAUCAUGAGUUUAUUUUAACGUUUAUAAAGGCUCUCAUUAAAAUCUUUCUAAAUACAUUCCACUUAAUCUCCUUCAUCUAUCAUUAUAACUCAAAUUCAGAACAAUGAACAUGCUAUAAUAUAAUAAUGUAUAUUAUUAUAUUAUUAUCUUUUGUGCCAGAGACUGGCUUUUGUAUUAUACUUUCAUGAUCUUGUAAUAUACAGUUCGUUAAUUGUCGAGCUAUUAUAGUUUUACACCGAAAGCUCUUAAAAGAAAACCAAAUGAGACGUGGCUUAUUUAAAUUAUUAUGUUUAUGAUGUGAUGUCAGUUCUAGAAAUUUAAUUGAAAAUAAUUUUUUUGAUAACACUUAGUGUAAUUCAAAUAGAAAUAAUAUACGGUUUAAAAUACCCUUUUUUUUUAAACCAUAUAAACCGUUAAAACUUUGUUGUAAAGCGUUUAAACGAAUAAAUGAACAUCUUAUAUGGAAAACUCGGUUCAAUUAUUCAUUUGUAUAGAGUAUUUCAGUGUUUCAAUAAAUUAUACAAUUUUUUUUUCAAUAGUAUCUAUAUAUAUAUUUAUUUUAAAAAUUUGGAUGUUUUUUGUUUUUAAAUUUUGAUUGUAGCGAAGAAACUACCCAAUCAGCAUACAAAUGAUUCUCCCAAGAAGUUUUUGGAGUGAGUAGAACACGAUUGCGUACGUUUAUAGUUUGGUUAAAAAAUAACUUUAAGAAAAAAAAAUAAACACGACUGCGUAUGAAAUUGUAUGUAACGUUGUCAAACUUAUUAAUUUCACCAUAUAUCUAAAAAAUAUUCAGUACACUUCUGUAAAAGUUAAUAUAAAAUAAUAAAAUGUGGCUAAUGAGAAUAACGAAACAAUAGUAAAUUAAUUAUUUAAAAAAAAUAUAUUUUAAUUUUAAUUCUCUGAAAUCUAUAACCUACUGCUUUUAAAUAUUGGAUUAAAUUUUUAUGGAUUUAUCAUAUAUACUGGUAUGAAAAUUGGUAAAAACGUGUAAUACUUUGUACGUAAUCGUGUUUUACCCGUUAAGGUGGUCUAUAGGGACUCGGCAACUAUACUAGUAAUUCUCGGACAGGUUUGGCAUAUUCUAAGAAGGUCUGUAGGAUUCCAAAUUCGAAAUAUGAGUUCAGUCCGUCUCCGCGAUCACCUGACAGACUGCACCUGGGAACCCUCUCCCCAUUUUUUUUAAUUUUAUACGUUAUUUCAGUGUAUUUUAUAUAUUUAUAAAAAUAGUAGGUUAUAAAAAAAUAUAAGUGCCUUCCUUCCUUUCCCCUCAGCACAGAAAUUAUUUUCUGGCUACAGUAAUGAAGAAAAUCUAUAAAUAAUAGACAACGUUUUGGUGUUUAAAUCGUUUAUACUUACCCGUCUUUGAGUCAGCGAAUGAGGAAGUAUGCGGAGGGAGCUAUAUCGAAAGGAUGGGAGGGGAUGAGAGUAGGUGGAAGAGGGAAGGUUUAAAGGGGAUUGAUUUAUUUUACACACCAAAAUAGAAAAUUCUUAGAAAGGUCGAAAUGUUUCUCAACGGCAAGUUUCAGAUGCGCAUUAAUGUAACUACUUUGACUCAGUCGGUUCCCGGUAAGAUCAAAAUGCUUCCUGAUGAGAGGUCUCGGGUGAACAUCUAUUAAGACCACAACAGUCGGUUCCCGCGACCAUCUGUUUAUUAGGGUAAAUUAGUUUUACUAAACGUUUUUUUUUUUUCGGAAAAACUUUUUUGGUUCGUAAAAAUAAUUCAUAUUAUUCUCCGUAGUAGCUCAGAUGGUGAUACUUUAAUUUAACAUUUUUCUCAACUUUUUAAAAAUGAAAAAUACUAGCAAUAAAUAACAAAAUGAUAAUUUUACUUUAGUUUAUUUCUGAGUUUUCUUGCAAGCUAUACAAGGGAUACAAAUACCGUGAAUUAAAACGAUGAUGGAAAAAUUAUUUUAUUAUUUUAUUAAGUAACUAAUCUCCAAUCAAAAUCAUUUUUUUUAAAUUUUUUUUUGUUGCAAUUUUUUAUCGUAGCUUUCUGAAUUAAAACUGUUAAAUAAAGUAGAUACCCUCUCCACCUUUAAAGCUGCAACACUAACCUAGCAACGCAUGAAACAUUGAAUUUCCGGUUUUUUAAAUCUGUGAUGAUCAUUUUUUCGGUUAGAGAAAAUAUUACAAAAAUUCCACACAGUUCGUGUCGGUAUACUUUAAUCAUUCGAGAGGUGGUAUUAAAAGCUCAGGAUUUAACAGUAGUUGUAUAUUUUAUUUCAAAUUUUUGUAACGUUGGAUGAGAGUUCAGCUUUUCAUUUGACUUGUAGCAACACUGUCUUGAUUAGACAUUGUACAUUAGAUUAAAUAAAACAAGUUCAAAAACAGCAUAUUGUUUUUUAAUCUGCAAGACGAGAUAAAAUUGGUAAAUCUGGUAUUACAUUUUUAUCAGUAUCAGAAUUUGUCUAGACAGUGAUUUCGUCUCUCCACUUAUUUACUUUAUAAUCGAAAAUGCCCGUAAACAAAUAAACCCGAGCGGAAAAAUGUAAUUGUUUAAAAAUGCAUUUUCUAGGGUGAUUUAAUUUAUCUGUUCGCAUUGAUAAAUCAAUUCUAGCAAAAAACGAUCCUGAACUAUAUUUAGUUAAAUAUAUUUUGAAAAUAGUUUUAUUAAAAAUUGAAUUCAUUGAUUAACUUUUUUACCACUGUGGACAGCUUAGGAUGAACCAUGCUAAACUAUUGAGUAUUUUUAAUUUGUCAAAAUAUUUUUGACCCAGUUUUCUGACGUUUUUUCUAAUUAUACAGAAAAAUACAUAAACAAUUAUCGUUUCCGAGUUAUAAUAGACAGAAAAAAAAUAUAUCAUAGUAAAACCAAUAUAUUAUAUUGGUUUUUUCAGAAUUUAAAAACUCAGUAAGUAUCACAUAGAAAAUAUAAAAUUGUUCGCCAUAGAACGGUUUCGGGUCAAGUAAAGGGUUUAAUCAUUUUUAUAGUUUUUAAAUUAUUAUAUUAAAUGAAAUAACAAAAUUAUGGCCUUUUAAAUAUAACCGAACUCCGCUCAGAAUCGUUUUUCGUUAACAAUAAUUAAUCGUUGCAUAUAGAUAUAUAUUAAAUUUCCCUCUAUAUCUUACCUUCCAAACUUCUCACCUACAAUGGUGGCUCACCUAUCGUGCGACGUAUGCCCGUCUUUUUUAGAUAUCAACUUAUAAAUUUCUAAAGUUUGUAUUAACAGCUAAUCAAAUAACCUAUUUACCCAGUACAUUUUUAAUAUGGGUAUAUGCACUUAAACUGAAUUAUACUUGAAGUAUGUCUAUUUCAGGUUAUUUCAAAAAAUUAUAUCUCCGCUUAAUAUUUUAGGUGCAGCGUUAUUACGUCAUCGUACUCAAAUAUUUUGAAUCACGAGUAACUAUUGAUACAGGUACUAUGUUGUUGCGUGAAAUUUUUUCAACAGUCCCUAAAUAUAUUCUAUUUAAAAUAAUAUUAUUCGUAAAAUUGUUUUAUAGAGUGUAAAAGCGUAUUUAAGAAACCACGUUUGGUUAUUAUUAUUUUUUUUUAUAAUAUUAAAAACCUUAGUUUUGUAAUAUAAAUUCUAUUAUUUUAGUAGCUCUAUUAAUAUUAAGAACCCGUACCUACUACCUAGCUACUUGUUAUUUGGACUUUUUAGAUUAUAUAUAAAAAACAAAAAAAAAAAAAAAAAAAAACGUUCAACGGAUUAAUAUUUCAAGAAGGUACGCAAAAUAUAACAAACCAUUAUUAUCGAACUGUUCGAACGGUAUUUUAUAUUUUUCCGUAAUCUCGUUAAGAUUCGAACACACAAGUACCCCGCAUAAUAGGUAGCUAAAUUUAAAUAAAUACGCGUCCAAAUCGAUCGUAUUAUUAUUAUUAUUAUUCGUACUUUGAUUUGUUUGAGUGUAUUACAAUUAUUGAAUGUUAAUUAAAUAAUAAUAUAAAUAGGCAUCGUUUGCCGGUUUCUACCUACCUAGCUACAUCUACAGAUAAUAAUUAUUCAACCGUAUGCGUUUCUCUGCAUUCGAUCGUCGUUCGUUAUUACGACACCUGCAAUACCUAACCGCUCUCGAGAUGUAAAAUUAUUACUUGGGUGUGUUUGUACAAGUCUUACAGGCACAAUUGGUACGAUAGGUAGUUGUAACAAAUGGUAUUGGGACCACCUACCCCAUCUCCCCGGUAACGAGUACUGCAAGGAUCCGUUGUGUUCGUCGGGCUAUUAAUACAUUUUAUCAUGGAUGACGUAUUAUAUUAUUAUUAUUUUGAACUCAUCAUCGCUAUAUACAAUACGCGCAUAUAAUAAUCACAGAGAGCACGGAUACGACCGUGACAAAAUAUAUCUUAGAUAAGAUAGAAAUAGAUAGAGGUAUCAUUAUCACGGACUAUGGAUAGAAUAGACUGGAAACAAGAGCCGUAUUACCGAUCCGCUUGGCGUUUGUUAGUUAUUACUCGCGAGCGUCGAGUACCGGGGAGAUUGUACGUUUUCUAUAUUAGCGUUACCUAGACGUUCAGCUCCUCCCCCCCCGUUACCCAUCCGUCAUCUCUUGUUCAACCCGCGGUCCACGCUAUCGAAUAUUACCUCAUGUCAAUGAUAUCCGGUAUCAUAGUUUCUACCUAUCAUAUUAUUAUUUUGCCCAGGUGUUGACUAUGGUAGUUUACUAAUUGUGCCUAAAAUAACCCUUUUAUGUACCAAUAAUUACGCUCAAAACAUUUCGUGUUGAUAAACCAAUUGGCCAAAACAUUUUAGGAUGAUAGACCAAUUAUUGCGCUAAUUUUGUACAACAUAAGGUUAUGUCUAAUAUAAUAAUCUAAUAUAAUUUAAUAUAAAUAAAUAGUUUUUUCACAUUUAACACAAUUUAUUUUUGUUCGUCAACUAUUUAUAAUUCAAUUUAAAAUAUUUUACAUUAUUAUUUACAUUUCAAGUUUUUUACAAAAGUAAUAAUAAACCGACUUAAAACAUUCUUUGUAAUUUCUUCAGAUUUAUAUUUCUUGAUAACGAAUUCGAUUCCUAAUUAUUUUCUUAAAUAGGUACGCUCGAUUUGAAAUAUAUUACUUUUUUUAUAUAUUGUUCAUUGCAAAAUAAGUGCUGGUCUAUGUUUCUGUAAUUUCUUUUACGGAGAUAAAAAUAUUUGAAUAGGAAGAAUAAAAGUUUGAAGAAAAUGAAGCGUGAAAAGAUUCACACGUAAUAUACCCUGUUUCAAAAGAGAACGUACCGCUUCCGCGACCAGUUUCCGUUCAGCGGCCCCACCAGGUAACACCGGUCGCAACCAUAGACAUGUUAAGAAAUGACAUGUCUAAAAUGUCUAUGAUGUAAAAUUUGAUGCCCACAUAGGGAAUGUAAAACACGAUGAAAUAUAGUUUUCAACAAUGCAGUUAGUGAAAUUAUUAACAUUUGAAUUCAUUGAUUGAUUGAUUGUUAUUAUUUUUUUUACAAAUACAUCCUCCUGAAUUAGCGUUUUUAUACUCUGUCGGUAGCCUACAACUUUAAACAUUCCUCCACCAAGCUUAUAAUAAAUGGAAUCUACAUCCUACCUAAAUAUUAAAGACCAAACUUCAUACUCGUGUGCGUAAAUGUGCAUAGUAAUAAUUAUUACUAUCAAAUAUAAAAUAAUUUUAAUAUACCAAUUGUAUUAACAGAAUAGCUUCAUAAUUUUGUAAUUUUCAUUUUUUUUUUUUUAUUUGCUACAUUAAAUUCAUAAAUUGUAAAAAAUUAUGACGUGGUACGACCAAAUGGUUACUAUAUUUGAAUUGUAUGUACAUAUUUUUAAUAAAAUCAGUAACUAGAAACAGGAAAGCUUUUAAAAAUAUUUUUUUUUGUAGACCUGUGUAACUGAUAAUUAAGUUUCAUAAAAUUCCUGAUACUGUUAUAAAAUAAAUAACCAGUCAUUUUACCGGUAAUUAAUAAUUGAUCAGUUUUUAAUUUUUAAAUAUUUUAAUAUAAAGAUAUUGGGGACAAGUGCAGACACUGUUUUAGGUGGGAAAUUGGGAAAAUAAAAUAUAGACAAGAAUUUAAUGUAUAUCUGUAUACAACGAUUAACCAUUGAUUACGAAAAAAACGAUUUUGAGUGAAAUUCAGUUGAUUAUGUGACUUUGUCAAAAAUAUGUAUGUCACACUAUGGUAAAAAAAAUGUUUAAUGCAUAUGUAAUUAGCAUUAAACAUUUUUUUUAAAUAUUUGUUUAAUAUUGUACAUUUUCUCAUUAUCUCGGUUUUACCUUGUUUUUUCCCGGUUUUCCCCAUUUACUGAGAAAAUCAAAAAAUGAUCUCCUUAAAAUACCACCCUGGUCAGAUUUUCUUUCAGAAAAAAAGUUUUUUUUUUCUCACCUAGAACAGUGGCAGACCCAUACACGGGAAGUAUUCUAUUUUCGUUAAAAUUCGUUGCAGGAUUACAUUUUUUCAUUAUUUUUAUUUCUAAAUUUCAUUAUUCUAUAUACGCCGUUCGCCGAAAUAAAAUAUGCGAAAAUGUUUAUACGUGAAAAUCCGCACUAUACUUCAACAUAAGGCGUUAAAUCGUCGCUAUAAAACUAUAAAUACCAAAAUACAUAUACGUGGUUCCCGUGCAAAUGAUGUUUAUCAGAAUAUAAUAUUGUCUCUUUUGCAGGUACAUCAUCAUGAUAAUAAUAGGUAAUAGUAGGUACUACAAGUAUGUCGAUUAUCGUCUAACGGCGUCCCACCGGUGUACAAAAAAACCAUUCCAUUCGGUGAAUUUAAAUAGCACAUUCGAGAUGAAUACAAAAUUUAAACGUAUUAAACUAUAGGUGCAACACAAUAACGGUUUAUAAAACACGUUCGGUGUAAAUAUAGCUGGUAGACACUCGAAUACUAAUAAAGUAACAGCUGGUACUCCGGUAAAAUGUGCAGAUAAUAUUAUUAUAUAGGUACGAGUAUGUUUGGUGGUUUAAAUAAUACUUGUGGCUUUUGAAUUGAGAUCUAUAUAUAAUAUCUAUAUUAUUUAUUAUUUCUUUUUUCAAUAAAACAUAAUGAUAUUAGUAUACGUUUAAAAAAAAAAUGACUAGUCUUUCAACGAGACUCGAACAUUUUUAUAAAAAUACAUCGAUCCGAAAUAGUAUCGAAGGAAUAGAAGGCAGAUAGAAUAAAUUUUGACAUUAACCGUUUGAAUAAUGUUAGGUUAUUAUAAAUGUAUAACUGCGGUUUCUCGAAUGAAAUCUGUUAAUAUACAGGGCGAUCAAUAUGAUGUAAGACAGAAAUUAUCUCAGAAAGUGUUUUUUUUUUUUUUUUGUAAAUUGUAAAAACGUUAGCGUUUUUUUGUGACAGCCUUAUUUUCGAGGAUAAAACCACGAUCUGCUUUUUAUUUUCAAAUUUUCAACCUAUAUUAAAAAUUUCAUAUCUGGAUAAAGUAUUUGUUUAAGAUAUGUCAACCUACGUCGCGAUUUACCACUUUUAAUUUUCGACAGAGUGAGAUUAGUAGGAUUACCAUUUGUGGUGUGGCGGCAGGAGCACGAUAUUUAAAUAGUGUUGCACUACUCCGACCUGGCCAAACUUAAUAUAGUGGAAUAUCUGGUCAACGGGUUGACGCAAAUUGGACGUGCAACGAUACGUUUUUUAUCUUUCGCAUCAGAAUUUCUUGACGAUAAUCUGGGAAAUUGUAUUGGAUUAAUGUUGUGCAAAUCUUUAUUGCUCGUGUUUGAAGAUUCACUUUACAAAUAAGAUUCUAAUGCAUAUGAAUAUACAUUUUGUAUUUGUUCGACACCUUAUAUUAUUAUUUUUUAUUUGUUCUGUAUUUCUUUGGCGGUUAUUUUCUCUUUUGCAUCAGAAUCACUUGAGGAAAAAGAAACGAUGAAUAACAGUGUGGCGAUCUAGUAUCAGUGUACCACGAUGAACUGUUACAAUAAGAACAAUUAUCAUUUAAUCAAUUUUCACACUGAAAAGAUUCUAUUGUUUUGGACAAUAAUGCAUAGUUGUGAUCUAAUUGUACUUUAAUUAAUGUCAUACGCACUAAUACUUUUGUCUCUGUUUACGAACGUAUUCUCAAUAAUGAUUCGCAUUUGGCCUUGGUGACAUUACAUAUUUUUUAUAGCGGUAAGUAAAAUCCUGGGUGUCACUAUCGUUUGGAGUAUCGACUUUUGGUUCAUAGUAACAGUAUAUUAAAUUUUUAUUUUUGUUUUGAUUCGCUUGUUGAGUUAAGGAUUAUUGUAUUCCAGUAGUUUUAAAUAGUUUGAAGUAGUUUUAAGUAUUUAUGUAUUAUAUAUUUAUACAGUAUUAUUCUAUACUUAUUACCCUUUUGGGGUAUUAAAUAGAAAAAAAAAAACUAUUUAAUAUUUUGAUAGUUGUAUUCAGAGAUUUUAUAGGAGAAUUUCAAGUAAAUUGUGCAACCAGUUUUUUCCCAGAGAUUAUUAAAUUGUUUAAACUUUAUUUGAAUAAUAUUUUCAAAUUUUCACCCCUAUUUCUCUUAAUACACUAAACCUUGAACUUUUAACUUUUGAUUGACAAAUACUAACCUUCCACCUUUUAAAUACAGAUUUGACGGCCGGUUGUAUAAGUUGUACUUAAUGGUAAACAAAAUUAGUAAUGAGUGUUAUGUAGUAAUUUAUUUUUAUAAUAAUAUAAUGGUUUAUUGUCAAAUUUUAAUGAAAAUUAUAAAUAUUCAGGUCUUUCUUUAUGUAUAAACGAACUUCGCUCAGAAUCGUUUUUGGUUAGUAAUGGUUUAUUGUUGCUUAUAGAUAUAAAUUAAAUAACACAUAUACAUUAAUUUAUGUAUCCUAUUUUCCUAACUACUAACCUGCAACAAUGGCUUCACCCAUCGGGUGUUAUUAUAAAAGUAAUUCAUUAUGUACUUAUACAAAAUUAAACCAAUGUUCAGUUGAAAUUUAUCAAGUGUUUUAAACAAACUCUUCUCAGAAUCGUUUUUCGUUUGCAAUGAUGUAUCAUUGAAUACAGUAUAAUAUAUUAAUUAAAUUACACUUUAUACUCUACACAUUUCCAAAUUGUCACUUACAACAGAUCAUUUAUUCCCACUAAUUAAUUUUAUGGUUUACAUAGCUGAAUAAUUAAAAUUGUUUGCAUAAAUUACGACAAACGCGUCUUGUGAACAAUUGUCGUGGUUUUAUUAUAUUUACUUAUAUUUUCAAAUAUUCGCCAUGCAGUUAAUUGUUAUAACUCGAUUUACAUGGUGAUGAGGUUAGAUUUAGUUAGUUCUACUUACUAUUGGGGUGAGUACGGUGAGAAUUCGCAGUCAGCAUGCAUAUAUUUUUGGUGAAUAUUCGACAUUUACGCUUUCAAAACUAAAUUGUAAUAAAACUCUAGCAACUAGAACCAUUUUAGAUUAAUAAAUAAAUACAAAUAUAUUAUAAUAUAUUGAUUAAUAUUGUAACGGUGAGAAGUCGACUGAUAGAAAUUUCGAUUCUAAUUCUGCAGCUCACGGUAGUUUUUUCAAAUUUGAUUCAAGCAAAAACAAAAAUGUUUGGUUGUUUUUAGUUUAAGCGCGAAAACGGAUAGAGUCCGUUAUCAUUGCGUGUAGAACUCGUAGGUACCGAUUUUUUUUCCCGAGAGCCGUUUGCCUACGCUCUCGUUUCAUAAAAUAUUACGAUCCGCGUGUAAUACGGAACGGUUGUUUCGGAAUAGUUUGCACACACCGGAUCCAUGUUAUUAUUAUGACAUGUGCGGUCGACGCAAAGACCGUAUUCGGUCAUCGUCCCUCCCAUCAGCCGCGUAUUACAGCGACCGAAAUUGCGUUUGCUCUCGACAAGCCGAUCGGAGAGGACCCGUGGGGGUUUUGAAGUCAUUAAUGAUAAUAAAUCAAAUCUAUAAUAUAUUAAUUUAUAUAUAUAUAUAUAAAUACACAAUAUACAUAAAACGUUAUAUAUUCGGUUAGAUAAUCGUGUUAAUAUUUCGGGAUUAUUAUGUAUAAUACGAAUAUAAUAUAUUAUCACGAUGACAUCGGCGGAUCCAUUCUCGAUUUCCAUCCACGAGCGAGCUGGGUCCGAGCAGCCUGCAGUAGGGCGUGCGCUCGACUUUCCGUCAACUACUGUUGAACUUCAAUAAUAUUAUAAACUAUCGGUACGAUAACGAUUUUUUGAGGGGGGGGGAGAGAAGGGAGGAGGUAGCCGAAAAAUAAAAUAAAUUUCCACAAAUAUCUUAUCGUAUUUCUAUACGAAUAAAAAUUAGCAAAUUAUAAGCCCGAGGAAUCCAUGUCCGAAAUUUCGUAAAACACAGCCUGCGAAUUUGGAAUCACUACAAGAACGCUACAAGUAUAUUUUAUUAUAUCAUUAUAUAAUUUUACUGUCACGCGGCCAAAAAGGUCAUCGGCUUCGUCUGCGGCCAUUACGAUGUCAACGAUAAUUCCUUACAAAACACCCGAACAAAAUCGCACGGUGGCGACAAUGGCCAAAUGUUUUGCGACUGACUCGCGUAAUAAUGUUUACUGGCACCCGCCGUAAUAAUAAAAUAUUUUAUCGAUCGUUGUGGAUUUUGGUUUUUUUUUUUACGAUAGAACAUGUUGGUGGUGUUAAGGUAAUAUUAUUUAGGUGUACACGCUGUAUUAAAUUGGACAAUAAAAAUAAAAAUAAUAAAAUACGUCUUGACAUUUUGACAGUUGACACAAUAUGUAUUAUUAUAAUGUGUUUGCACUCGUCCCUUCAAAAAUCCAAAUCGACCGGAAUGUUUUCAGUUUCGUGAGAAAAAUAUUAUAAUAAUACAUUAUUAUAAUUAUUGUGAUGGAAAAGUGUUAUAGGAAUUAAAAAUUUUAGAUUCUGAUCAUAGCAAAUAAUGUGUGUGUUUUUUUCUGUCUGUGAUCAACUUUUAUCCCAUAAACCUUGUUCCAAUUAAACACUUUCAAAAUAAUUUUUGUUGAAUUUUGAAUCCAGUUGGUAAAUUAAGCAGAUCAAUUUUUUGAUUUCCCAACCAAUUUUUAUAAAUUAUUAAAAUCUAGUAAAAAAACAAAAGAGAAGAAUUUUUUAACAAACUUAAUGAUUUCAUUAUUUUAAAUUCGAUUUGGUUUCCUACUAGAAAUCUUGCAAUGAAAUUCAAAUGUAGCAUGUUUUCCGAAUAGCAAUCACGUUUAGUUAUUGCGUUAGAAGGUCUUGGUUUUCAGUAUAAUUUUCUUAAUAAUUGGACCAAACCGGGAAAAAACUAAUAAUAAAUGGAAAAGUUUACGGAAAUAAAAAAUUCAUUUUUUUCAAUUUUGUUUUUUUCGUUGCAAUUUGAUUAAAUAUAAUCUUAGAGACAUGAAAUAUUAAAAAAAUAUUUAUAUUGGUCUUUCAACAAAAAUAUAGAAAAAAUAAUAAUCGUGUCUAUACAAUCAAAACUCAAUACAAUCAUAGUCAGAUAGUACUUCUUUGACAAGCUCUACUUUCUACCGCUAGAGUGCGUACUGCUUACUGCUUAGCAAGAAUAGUAAUAGUUAAAUUUUACUUUAGCUUAAUGGUUCAAAUCAUUAUAUUUUUCCAUAAAACGCUAAAAGAAUCAUACCUCUUCCUCUAAAAUUGGUGUCAGGUAUUUGAUUUUUGAAAAAUUCUUAUCAUUAAUACAAAAUAAUUUUUAAAUUUUAUAUAUAAUCAAUAAUCAUAAAAUCGUUAAGAACAUUUUUCAAUAUUUCUUAUCACUUUUUAACUAUUGGAAAAAUGUCUUAAGGAUAGAAUUGUUAGUUUUUUUUUGGGGGGGGGGGUACAGUUUCUUUUCUUUCAAUCAGUUUGAUUUUACUUAUGGUAAGUCUACUAUAGGUGCAUAUUUCAUAGUAAAUGAUUUUAUUUAUAAAAAAUUGGAUGAAAAUUAUAAAGUCUUUGGAAUAUUUCUAAAUGUAAAAAAAAAUAUUCGACAUAAUAAACCUUACAUUAUUAUUAAAAAUCUUGAAAAUGCAGAAAUUCGUGACAUUUCUAGUAAGCUAAUUCACUCCCACCUUUCAAAUAGAGUACAAAAUGUUAAAAUUGACAAUAUCUAUAGCAAUCCUUUAAGCCUUGAUGUACCGUAAUGUAUAGUACUGAACCUCCAACUAGGAUACAUUUAGUAUACAUAAAUUUAGUGACAAACAAUGUUAAAUCAUGGUUUUUAAUAAUUUACUGCCAUUAAAUUUGAAUAAGACUAAAUAUAUGUUUUAAAAUACGAAAUAAUAGAUUUAAUAUUACUAAUUAUAAAUUAUAUGUACAUUCAUUAACUCGCAAUAGUGAAAACUGUAACUCAAAUCGUUUUUAUUGAGAAAAGGUAAAUAACAUUAAAUAUCUAGGAUUAUAUUAUAAUGAGACACUAAAAUGGAACAUUCGUGUUAAUUAUUUGACUAAAAGAUAAAAUAAGAACAUUUUUUUUAUAUUUUUAAGGAUGUCAGAUAUGUUUGUAAUAUCCAACUGAAACAUUUAAUAUGUAUAUUCAUUGUAUAAUUUAUAUUAAUGUUUGGUAUUGAAUUCUAACAUUGUAACUAUAAUAUUCACAUUUUUAUUUUAAAAAAACUAAAUAAAGAAUUUGAUAAUCUAUAUUUUAUAUAACUCCACAUCUAAUAAUAAUACUAUUCAUAGUAUGUUGAAUAUUCAAGAACUCGAUCAAAUGUAUAAAAGCGUUUGCUACUUCUUUUUCAUUUUAAAUAUAUGUUUAAUUUUUGAGUUCAUAGCUAUACUACGAGACAUAGUAAAAAUAUCAGUCUAAUACAAUAUAAAUGUAAUACCAAUUUUGGAUAACUAAAUCCAUUAAUUGUAGUAAUUGAUAUUUGUUUUCAACUAAAUAUUAAUAUCUUAAGUUCUAAAAAUAUAUAAAAGUAUCAACAUUAUAAAAAUAUAUGUAUAAUUUCAAACACAAAAUGUAUAAAACCGAAAACAAUGCAAAAUUAUAUCCUAUAUUCCUUUAAUCUACGCAUUCAUAUUUUGUAACGGACUUUAUUAAAUAAAUUGCUUUGGAGGUGUAUUUAGGUUUUUGGCACUAUAUAGGGGCAAAAGUCAUUUUCCAUUCUCCGCGGGUAUUUCAGUAAUCUUACCGACUCCUAUUACGCGAGCCUUCCUGCAAAGUCUCGCUAUAUUAAUAUCAGUUACUACCUAAUGGUAGUUGGUAAACUACAUAAACUACUAAUAAAAAAAAAAAUAAUAAUCAUAAUAAAAAAUAAUGUUAUAUUAGUCAAAAUAUUUUUCCAUUUUAGAUUCUCUGAAUAUGGUGCAAGGAAGCUAUUAUAGUUGUUUAUCGAGAUGUGUUUUUCUCCUGAAAAAACUUUUUCUGUUUGUGAAAACUUCUUCGAAACUUUUAUAUCAUACGGAUGUGAAUUUUCCGUUUGGUGGCGGUAUUCUAUUUGAAAUAUUUCUCUAGAUUUCCAUCAGCAGUUUUUCUUAAAACAACUGAUAACAAACAUCAGUUUUGGAUAAAUUCUACAUAUAAAAUAUGCAUUGUACAUAUUAUAUAGUACCUAGAAGUCUGAAAUGAUGAACAUAAUCGGUUGACAAAUGAAAGCAGUCCGGUAAAACAUCUCAAUAUCGGAUUUUUAAGUUUUAAUUACAUAAUGUACAUUUACAUAAUAUUGUUAUGAAGGCAAAUUUUUGAAUUUCGGACCUUUUGACGAUUUUUAGGUUACACGCACAAAAAAAAAUUGUCUAGUUAUCUAACCUAACCAGUUAAUCGAGUUCCACUAGGGAUCAUUUUUUGCUUACAAUAAAUUAUUAAAGUAAAUAAAUAUAUAAAUAAAAAAUGUAUGUAUAAAAAUAAAAUAAAUAAAUGAACCAAUACGUCGCAUAGACUAUUAUGAUAAGUGUUGAUGCGUUUUACAUUUUGACUAUGAUAUACCCGAUGAUGAAUUUUCAGUUCAAAACCGGUAGUUUAAUACACGUAUCAUAAUACUCCAGGCGAUGAAUUAAUUAAUUAAUUUAUUUUAUUGUUAUACAUACAUUUUUUAUUUAUACAUUUACUUUAAGAAUAUUAGCCAUUUUAAUAAUUUUGUUUUUACUUUAUUAUUUUAUUAAUAAAUUAUUGUUGUUUAAACCUACCCAAUAGUAGCUAAGUACCCGUAUGUGUACAGUGUGAAGAUAUUCUUUAUACUCUGACAUCCAGAAUUUAAUAAAUUUAACUUCUAAUUGUUUUGUUAAAAAACAAUAUUUUCUUAGUGAUAUUUAACAAUGCUGCAUAUUAAAAAAUUAAAAAGUUAAACAUUAAGUUAAUUUUAACUUUAACCUAUUUGUUUACAUCGACUUAAUAAAUAACGAGUUAAUUUAGAAUUAUAAUAUCACGUUCAAUGAAAUUCAAUUUCUUUUAAUUUUGACAUAAUAUUAAAUUUACAUAAAUAAUUUUUUUUAGAUAUUAUUGCAGAAAUAAUACAAUUUUUUCCUAUAUAAAUAUGUAUGGAAUUCGAAGUUUAAAAUAAGAAUAUAUAGUAUAAUUUGAUAUUACCAAAGAAUAAAGUCUCUUUGUUUAAAAUAAAAAUGAUUAUCCUUAUUUUCAAAAAAAAUAACAAAUUAUCGUUUUUAAAAUGUAAAACUAAGUACUAGAGUAUCAUUAAUUUCGAAACUUGAUGGCUCUUUAUAAAGCACAAAUACUCAAGUACCUACAACGCACGUCAACACUGGUUCCAAUCUAUUCAUUGGCAAAAUAUUACGCACCGAUAGUCGGUACAGAGAAACGGUAGCCACUGUGAGAUGAUGUACACCCAAUUUAGGAAAGUUAUGUGCUUAAUAACAGAGAGUGCCAUAUCGAACCCACUUCCAUGGCAUAUGUUUUAUUAUAUAUAGAACCUUCACAUAUCUUACAGAGUAUACGCUCUUCUUAAGCUAAUGAAACGUAAAGAUCAAGUACUUCUAAUUUCUCAGAAUGGAAUUAUUAUGAAUCACCUCAAGAUCUAUAAACCUUUUCUUUACAGAGAAAAAAGGCUGGCACUCUACUACAACAAUGACCCGAACCUACUUCACAGAAUGACAUAAAACGUCUCACCAAAUAUUGAACUAGUCAGUUUCUCCUUAAUGCCACAGCUUGAAAUGAAAUUUCCUCGCCAAACAUAGGUCGCUUCAAUCGCAUAUGUAUCAGAUAAGGACAAAGCAAUAAACUCUUAAAUAAAUGGAAACUAAAGGAUAAUCAAAACUAUGACUAUGAGAAGAUUCAAUCAAUGGACCAAAUUAUAAAGGACUACCCGGUUCGAUAAUAUCCAAGAGCGAUAGAUGACUUCUUCAAAGUCUAGUUUAUUGAAUAAAUUAGACGUUGAAUUAUAAACAAAAUGUUUUAAUGAAGUUAUCUAACAUAAUAAUAAUAUGUAUGUUUGUUUAUUUUGUUUUAUUCUUUUUAACUUAAAUUCAAUUUUAUUAAUCGUUGUUUAAAUCUAUAAGUAUAAUAUUUGUAAAUUAAUCUUUGUAUGUUAUAUGAAAUAAAUAAAAAAAGUGAAGUUGAAAGAGUGCAUAUAUAGAGUAAUUUAAUUUGUAUGCAAUAUGCAAUGAUAAACUACGAAAAAGAAAAACUAUUCUGAGUAGAGUAUUAUUAGUUGUAUUUUUGUAGAAAAACGUAAAAACGGAAUGUGUUUUAAGUUUUUUCUUUAGAAUUCGUUAACAACAAAAAAAAAUAUCACGAAGAAAAAAAUUUUAACUAAGAAAAUGGCUGAUUUAUAAUGUGAUAGUUAAUUAAUCGCUCUGUAUAUACAUAUGAAAAACUAAAGUUUCUAUUCAGAAAUUAAAUCUAAAAACGAUAUAUUUUAUUCGUGUAUUAGACCUGCAUUAUUUAUGAUGAUGAACUAUACCUUAUAAAAGAUCUGGAGUUUACGUUUAGUAUAAUAUGUUGUCAUAAUAUAUUUGAAUAAUUAAGACGGUAUAAUAUUAUUAUGAUGAUGCAUGAUGAGUGAAGUAAACUCAACGUUAAUAAUAAAUCAUCUAUUUUGCGUUAAUAACUUCAAAAACUUAAUAUAUAAAUUAAAAUACCACUGAAAAGCUAAAUGCAAUAUAAUAUUUACUUAUAAAAUAAGAAUAGAAGACCUUUGUUUUGAAUUAAAAUCACAAGAGUAUAAUAAUAUGCAAUUAGUAUUAAAAACUUGUAGAUUUUGUACACGAUUUUAUUGCGGUCAAAUAAAACACAGUUUUAAAAGUACUUUAAUGUUGUACAGCAACGACAACGAUGAUAAAAAAACAUAAUAAAUUAUAGUAUAAAACUUUAUUCUGGGUUGUAAUAAUAACAUAGUACCAGAUAAUACUGACUGAACCAUUAUUACUUUUUGAAUUAUAACUUAAUUGUGAAUUGUGAUACACAGUGUAUCGGAAUAUCUAAAUACAAUAAUAAUACAGUUGUUAUACAUAUAAAAUAUUAUGUAAGGUAAUCUAAAUACUGACAAACACUUAUUAUUUUUAAGAUAUACUUACCUUUAUAAUAAUUAGUUUUAAAUUCUAGGCAAAAAAUGUACUAAUAUUUUUCUAUGAGUUUUUUUUUAUGUGAUUAUAUCAACUUUUUUACCAGAAAUCUAGUUGUUACAUUGAAGAAGUCAUUUUUGAUUUGUCUUAAUAAAUGGGAAAACUGCCAAUUUUAUGUGUCUUUGAGUUAUAAAAAAAAAAUUUACGACUGCUAAUACUUUACUCAGGAUUGUUUUUCAUAAGCAAUGGUUUAUCAUUGCGUACUGAUAUAAAUUAAAUUAUUCUACAUGUACUUCUUUCCAAACUCCCUCGUAAAAUAGUGGCGCAUCAGCAGUAUCAGCUUUUUUAAAUUUUUUUUUAUUUUGUUUUUUUUUUGACAAUAUAAGAUACACGCAAUUCGAUUAUUAACUAUAUCAAAUUUACUUUUUUAUCCUUUAUGCGAGAUACCUUUAUAAAAUUUUUAUUGUCAAGUAACGGUAUUUCCUAAGCCGAAUAAAUUUCUAUACAUAAUAUACUGAUGACGUAUAUUGUAUAUGUCCACACAAUGCACUUACAGCUAAAUAUCUCAUAUUGAACUAACAGUUUAUUAUUUAUGAUCAUAUCAAACUUCAAAUAAAAGGUGUGCGGUGACACAGGGUUAAUAUUAAACGGCAAUAAAUUAUACAUAAACUGAGUAUAGGUUAGAUAUUCUAAAUAUAUAUAUAUAUAUAUAUAAUAUAAAAAAAUAUAGAACUCCGGUAAAUAUACUAUUAAAAUGAUGCAUGAUCAAUAUUAUGUUAAAAAGAUAGGUAUUGAUUUUGUAAAAUUUGGUAUUUUCAGGUUUUUAUUAGUUUGCAUUAUUAAAUCGGGAACUUAACUUUGAAAAAGUGAAAAAAAUAAUGAUGGCAUAUUAUAGGUACAAAUCUAUACUGUGUUCUUUAUUAAAAAGAUUUACAUAAAUAUUAAACAUUUUUUCCAAUUGAAGAAUAGUUAUAACUAUUUUUUGUACGCAUUUUACCUAAUAUAACCUUACCUAACUUAACUUAAUGUAUUUGUACGCAUAUUUCAGAUCUCGUGGCCAGAAUGAUAAAAUUUUGGAACGCGCCGUUGCUGACGACCGGAGCUAUUGCAAAUGAUUUUUCAAGUAACAAACAAGAUCCGAAAAGCAAGUACUUUCUACUAGUGCGCACGGGCCUUUUGGAUUUUCAGGACGUAGCGGAUAUGGUGGUCAACGUUUUGCAAAAGUAUAACCACUAAAAUGUGGUAUCACGUGAUUUCUGAUGCGUGAUAACACUUAUAACACGCAUUAUGAACGUUUUCGAUAACGUUUUUUUAGGUAUUCGUGGAAACAUGUGUUGCUCGUGUACGAAAUCGAGGGCUAUUCGAAAGUUUCUGGAAAACAGUCUUGUUCGUUGAUGACUAAGACUUUAGUGGAGAGUUUCAAAGGCGAAGCGGGUAUACAGUACGACGCGUUCGACUUGUCGAAAAACCCGCAAAACAAUUUGACGGAAAACUUGCGCAUUGAGGCCAGCAAUAAGUAUUCGAGUAAGCGGUUCAUUACUUAUUCAUUUUAA